GGAGAGCGAGAGAAAGAGGAGGAGAGAGGACGGUUCGACCCGGAGGCUGGAGCCCAGGGGACAAGAACACAUUGGCAGAGGCCGCUUCCACAGCCGCAGAGGUUAUAUUCCAGGCCUCUCCUUCUGAUGAACAGAGACACAAAGAAUGGAUUACAGUCACCAAACUUCCCUAGUCCCACGUGGGCAAGAUAAAUACAUUUCCAAGAAUGAACUUCUCCUGCACCUGAAGACCUACAACCUGUACUAUGAGGGCCAGAACUUGCAGCUGCGACACAGGGAGGAAGAAGAUGAGUUCAUCGUGGAGGGGCUGCUGAACAUCUCCUGGGGGCUGCGCCGGCCCAUCCGUCUGCAGAUGCAAGACGACAAUGAGCGCAUCCGGCCCCCGCCCUCCUCCUCGUCCUGGCACUCAGGCUGCAACCUGGGGGCUCAGGGCACCAUCCUGAAGCCCCUCACCAUGCCUGCCAUUCAGAUCUCAGAGGCGGACACCCCUCCCGAGGGUGACCAGACACCCAGCCUCACAGACACCAGGGGUCUGAAGCCCGUGCAGGAAGACACCCCACAGCUGAUGCGCACGCGCAGUGAUGUUGGGGUGCGUCGGCGUGGUAACGUGAGAACGCCCAGUGACCAGCGGCGAAUCCGACGCCACCGCUUCUCCAUCAAUGGCCAUUUUUACAACCACAAGACUUCCGUGUUCACGCCUGCCUAUGGCUCUGUCACCAACGUCCGAAUCAACAGCACCAUGACUACCCCGCAGGUCCUGAAGCUGCUGCUCAACAAAUUUAAGAUUGAGAAUUCAGCAGAGGAGUUUGCUUUGUACGUGGUCCACACCAGUGGUGAGAAACAGAAGCUGAAGACCACCGAUUACCCACUGAUUGCCCGCAUCCUGCAGGGGCCCUGUGAGCAGGUCUCCAAGGUGUUCCUGAUGGAGAAAGACCAGGUGGAGGAGGUCACCUAUGACGUGGCCCAGUACAUAAAGUUUGAGAUGCCGGUCCUGAAAAGCUUCAUCCAGAAGCUCCAGGAGGAGGAGGAUCGGGAGGUGAAGAAGCUGAUGCAGAAGUGUGGAAGUGAACACAGUAAUGCAGUGGCUCAUGAGUGGGCUAGUGAAGGUACACUGUACUCCGGCUAAUGAUUAGCCAAAGGCUGGAGGAGAUAGCUGACACUCCGGCAACAAUCUGAACUGCAGGAAUGGGGGAUCCAGGUGCCCCAGGGGCUGCCACUGACCUGAGAAGACCCACAGGAAGCUGGGCGCUCCCCUCCCAUGGCAGUGCUUAUGUGCAAACCACAAGCCAUCCUUUGGUCCUUGGAACAGGAUGAGAAGCCAGCGGACAACUCCCUAUCCCUGGAUCCCUGCUCUCCUCUCUUUCACUUGCAAGAACUUUUGAUUUUAACUAUAAGGAGGACCACAGAUAUGUACCUGUAUGUGCACAGGACACUCGCUUGUGCCUCCCUGAUGUUUCCAUCUGCAGUUGACUCUAGCAGCCAGCUCCACCACCACAAGGCUGACAGAUGUGUGCCAGUGGCAGGAGAGUCAGGGGAGGACUUCAGGCUAAAGAAAAAAUUUUUUCUCUUAAGAGCCGGGGGCAGCCACACAAAUCUGCCCAAGUGUAGAAGGGGCAUUUGUGCUGAUAAGAGAUUCUCUGUAUGCCUGGAAAGGUCAGUGAAUGUGAGAUCCUUGGAAAUUAAAAAUAACAUCCCCAUAUCCUUGUCUGAUGGAGAGAAACAGAUAAAUUAUCCUGGGUAGUUGCAAUGAGUCCACAUGUUUUUACACUGGAAACUUUGCUUGUUUUAAAUAACAAAGAUGAAUGUGCUGGUCCAUGUAGAUGCCGAAGAAUGGAUUCCACCUUGCAGAGUCGGGGAGCCUGCAUGAUUCUCCCACGUGGUUCUCUGGUGCUUCCUUGGGAUGGAGGAAAGUCCCACAAAGCAGAGGCCUCACGGGGUGCCCACGAUGCUCACUGGGGCCUGGCUUGUCCUGAGAAGAUGGCCAGGAGGUUUCCAAGCCCCCUCCUUAGGGCUGAAGGAAGAGCAGAGGCCACCUGCAGAGACCAGCGCCUGCCAGCCCAACCCGUCUUCACAUCAGCACAUCUUUGGGCUGUGCAGAUCAACUGAGCAAGAUCAGGUGCUUCUAACAGCUCUGAGCCUUGCUGGGGUAGGGAUGCUGUGCAUCUGUCCACCUGCUCCCAGGGAAGGCAUGGAGGCCUGGGGAGCUGGGGGAGGGAGAACCACUGGCCAGAGCCUCCAGAGGAAAGUGGGCCUUGGUGGCAGAACCAUUCCCAAGCCCCCAGCCUUCUCCCUGGCUUCCAUAGCAGCCACAGAGCUGUGUCUCACUCCGCUGUCAGCACAAUGGUCUGCUGCCACCGGGACUGCUGUAGGAAUCUGCAAGACCCCCUCCUCCAGGAGCGCCGCAUAACCAGCUCCAGGGGCGUCUGUCAGUCAUGCACCUUAGUGGGCAUCUGUAAGAUGCACAAGAUGGGGAGCAGUUUUGUGAAUGCAGACGCACCCCCUGAGGUUUGCUUGGAGAACUUCUGUUCUAGCUAUUUUUGUCGUAAACAUUGAAAGCCUUGAUUGCCCCACUAAUUCUCCUUUGAUGGGGGGAGGAUUUUCACAAAGCCAAUUAUUAACCACUAACUCUUAGAGACAACUUUUUAUUUCUAGUUUUUAAAAUUCUCUGCGAAUUACUCUGGCAAUGCAGUAGUGUUAAAUGUUCCAAAAUGCCCAAUUUGCCAGAUCUCUCAGAAUGUGAUACCAAGGUAGCCUUGCCUUUCUAAAGUGGGGGUUCAGAGUAUAAGGGUGAGGGGAGUGUGUUUUACACUAUACACUUUCACUAGUGCAGGCCACCCUUUUCCAUUUUGGCCCAUGCUACAGAGAUCAUUUCUCAUUCCCUAGUAUUCUGAUAAAGAAAUUUGGCUGGGUGUGGUGGUGCAUGCUUAUGUUUGCCAGCACUUUGGAGGCUGAAGCAGGAGGAUCUUUGUGAGUCCAAGGCCAGUCUGGAUUACAUAUCAAAACCCUGUCUCAAAGAAAGGAAAAUAAACAAAAAGAAGAAUUUUGUAUGUUUGGCUGGGGGGGUUAUAGCUCAGUGAUGGGGCACAUGCUUCAAAUGCAUGAAGCCUUGUCUUCAAUCCUCAGCAUCAAAACAAACAAAAACAGGAUUUGGGAAACCUUUGGAAUAGCAGCAGCUGAAACAGAAACUUCCUGUGGCAUGGCCCAGAUUUUCCCACUAGUAUCACAUGGCCUUAUGGCUUUGAACUCCUCAGCCAGUUUCUGUGGGUUGUGCAGUUGUGUGCAGUGAGCCUGAAAUCGUGUGGCUAUCAAAAGGCCAAUGUACAGGGUUUCCCCAACUCCUGAGAAAUAGUAGUUGCAUCUGGAUUUUCUUUUUCUUUCCUUUUUUUUUUUGGUUCCGGGGAUUGAACUCCGGACCUUACACUUGUGAGGCAGGCGCUGGAACCACUGAGCUAAAUCCCCAGCCCUUUUUGUUUUUGUUUUUUGCAGAGGUUUAUGUUACGCAGUGAUCAAGUGAAGGAAAAACCUGAGCCCUCUGGCCAGGAAGGUGGACAAAGCAGGAGGCCACAUUCUCUCUGAUCACAUUAGUGGGAACGUGGGAACUUACGUAGGGGUGGGGACUGUCACUUGGGAAGGAAUUGAAAAGCACAAAUGAUAAGCGUGCAUGUGCCCUGGUCUCCAGGCUGGGUGGACUCCAACUUCAAGUGGAGGCUGAGGUGAGAGGGUCUUCCGUCCCCAAGAAAAGUACAGAGGCCUCAGAUCAAGGUUUUGGUCUGCAACAUGCUGAUGCUUCCAGGAGAAAUAUUUGCACCUUUCUUUCCCCCCUAACAAAAAGAAAACAAUAUUCUCUCCUAGAAACCAGAGAAAGACGUUUUAUCAUCAUCUCUGUAACAUAAUGAUCCCCAAAUCCAUUCUCCCAGCGAAAACAUCUUGGCAAGAAUUGUUUUCUGUGGAAAUGGGGGUUGUUUCAGUGCCUGGAAGAAGAAACAGCAGGGUGCGGGGGGGGCAAAAAGUUCUCAGGAAAAGAGAAGUCCUUUUAUUUACUUAUUUUUUGGUACUGGGGUCUGAACCCAGGACCUUCACACUGAGCUACAUUCCCGCCCCUUUUAAAUUUGUUUUAUUUUGAGACUGGUUCUUGCUAAAUCGCUAAAUUGCCCAGACUGGUUGUGAAUUUGUGAUCUUCCUGCCUCAGCCUCCCAGAGUGCUGUGACUGCAGGUGUGUGCCACCACAUCAAGUUAAGAGAGGUCCCUUUACAAACAACAAUAACAACCGGAAAAAAAAAACCCCAUGUUUUAUUUCAAAGUUCUGUAACACAGAGAACUUAAUGUCACAGAUAAUCUAAGAAGUUUCUACGUGGUGGAGGGAAUUUCAGUACCCCAUCGAGACGCAACUGCAGCCUGGUUGAUGACGGGAGGACAGAGGAGACCGCUCUGAGUGCCCUGGCUACAGCAGCCUGGAUUUCCCAGUUUCUACUUAAGUUGUUUUAUACAAAGUCCUGCUGGAGUCAGAUGAGACCUGAUCUCCUGGAGAGAUCAGACACCUGAACGUGGUUCAUCUUUGAGGCGUAGCUGACGGUGUCUGUGCUGUCACAGGACCUCAGCGUGCCCACCACAUUUUAAGGGAGCACAGAGAUGCACAAACAGUGAGGGAGAAGCCUUGUUCCCCCUCAGGUUGCAGACUUGUUUCCAGUGUGUUGUUGCUUGUGUUUCUUAAGUUUUCCCGCUUGUUUUCGUUCUCUGUUCCCUUCCUAACACAACUUUCCUUUCAGCAGUGGUACCUGACCUGGUUCAGUGUUUGGCUCUGAACUGAUAAAUGGAUGCAUUCAGGCAUCUUAACAUCAUUUGACAAGGCCUCAGUAGAGACCCAUAGAUUUUUGUAAUCUUUUGAUACGUUUUAAUGCACCUAACUCAGAUCUUAUUGAAAUAAAGCACUUUUCAAAGAG